AUGGCAAGAUACGAGAGUAAACUACAGGAAACUUGUGGGGAUGAAGAAUACGACACUUUAAAGGAAAAUCUCUACAAUGGCAUAGAACAAGCUAAAAGGUUUGUGUCGAGCCCUAGGCAAACCAGGAAAAACUGUUUCCUAGCCAUGUUUCCAAAUGUAGGCAAACCAGGAAACACUGUUUCCUAGCCAUGUUUCCCAAAGGUGGGUAAAUCAGAAAACAUUGUUUCCUAGCCAUGUUUUCCAAAGGUGGGUAAAUCAGAAAACAUUGUUUCCUAGCCAUGUUUCCCAAAGGUGGGUAAAUCAGAAAACAUUGUUUCCUAGCCGUGUUUCCCAAAGGUGGGUAAAUCAGGAAACAUUGUUUCCUAGCCAUGUUUUCCAAAGGUGAGCAAAUCAGGAAACAAUCUUGAUGGUUAGCAUUCUUUUUCUAUAGUAAGUGUAGUCAACUCUCGGCGUUCGAGACGAUCUUCAAGAAAUACAUUUCAACAAUGGAGGAGAAGAAAAAGGAGCCGUGUUGUCCUUUGUGCCACAGACAGUUUAAUACUUUGAAAGAAAUGCAAAACCUUGUCGAUGAGGUAUUUAUUCUGGAUAGCUCUAUCAGUUCCAAACUGUUCUCCCUAGUCCUAGAGGUCCAGAAUUGCAAAAUAGUCUCCAAAGAAGUCCAGAAUUGAAACCUAAACUAAACUAACUUUAUUUAUACUGGAUAGUUCUAUCAGUUCUAAACUGUUCUUACUAGAGGUCCAGUAAGGAUCAUCUCUUAUUGAUCCAAUGUUACUACAGGAGGAAACCUAAACUAAACUAACUUUAUUUAUACUGGAUAGCUCUAUCAGUUCUAAACUGUUCUUCGUAGAGGUCCAGUAAGGAUCAUCUCUUAUUGAUCCAGUGUUACUACAGGAGGAAACCUAUUUUUACCUAAACUACUGUACAUGUAAUUGAUGUAAAUGAACUUUAUUUAUACUAAAUUUAUUUAUACUGGACAGCGUUGGGCAGGUAAAGUAAAAAUGCUGUUGUAUUAUUUUACUUAGUUAAAAGAUAAAAUCAGACGAGUGCCCGAAAAGAUGACCGCGCAAAAGAGUGGCCUGGAGCGAGACGAGAAAAAUUACGAACAAUUGCAGAAAUUACGCUCCGUUAAGGAUAAUGUGAGUGAGAUAUAAAAAUGAUAUUUCAGUAGAGCUGAGGCUCUUUGCGGUCGGCUGUAAGCUAGAACUCAAGCCAAUAGACAAUUCUCAUUAUAGACUAAUUUUAAAACUAGGCAAGGAGAUGCAAAUAUAUCACCACAGCUAGAAAGAGCAUACUAAAAGUUCAAAGUAUACAAAUUUUGCAAGGCUAUAUUUUCCGCAUUUUACAACAUUUCGCAACUAAACUUUGCAAUUUUACUAAUUUUAGUAUGCUCUUUCCGGGAAUAUACUUUUUUUUCCAAGAUAAAAAUAUAGUCCAUAAUGGGAUUGUGAGCUGUCAUCAAGAUAUUUUGUAAGAUGUCAGACUGUCCGUUCCAAAUUGCUGGUUAUGAAAUGUGUCAAUUGUCCUUUUAGCUUGGAGAAAUCGAGAAAACAAAGUUACCCUCGGCAAAAGACAAGCUGUCAAAAGUUUCUCAGGAAUGCGAGGAGCUUCAAAAUAAAAUUGAAGAGGUAAGGAAUGCUUGCGUGAAAUAAAGGAGGGGAGGGGGUACUACAUUUGUUCCUCUAAGGGUGGGGCUAGUGAGGGGGGGGGGGGUUAUUUGACAGUAAUAGUGCAUGAUAUUGUAGGGAUGAAUCAGGAUUAAGGUUGGUAUGAGGGGUAGAUUUGAUAUUAAAGAUAUAAAAUUAAUAUGGAAAUUGACCAUAUAUUUCAGUUGGAAGAUGUUCGCUUGGUAAUCGAGAGUGAGGAGAGCAGAGCUGGCAAGAUUGAACCUGAUCUCGUUAUGUUAGAAGAAAAUCAAAGAUCUUUGAAAUCGCUGGAUAAAGAAAUCACUUUGCUUCAGGCGAAAAUGGAAGGAGUUGGUAAGAGUUCUGGGAGUGAAUGAAAUGAGAAAUGAAGGAAUUUACAAGUAGGGGUUUGCUUCAGAGUCUAGGCUCUGGGAUAAGAAAUAAUAUGUGAGGACCUUGUUUGGAUCGCCCCUGAUGAAGACGCAAGAUCGAAACAUAUACAUAUACAUUCAGCUUUUCACAACAAUUAUAAUAUUGCUUUCCUUUUAUAACUAAACAUGUCUGAUUUUACACCUGGUUGCAGCGAACGAAUAUACGCUAAAAUAUAAACUCCUUUUCUUAACAUUUUAGCUCCGGGACGCAGCAUGCAACUUGUGACGAAUGAAAUCUCAGAUUGUCAGGAUAAAGUGUAAGUUAGGAUGCGGUCGAACGAGGAUGACAAGCGAGAGUUUGCAUGAGACUUGUUGAGAGUUGAGAAGCGAGAGUUCGCAUGAGAGUUGAGAGUUUGCAUGAGAGUUGAGAAGCGAGAGUUUGCAUGAAAUUUGAUGAGAGUUGAGUACUUGAGAAGCGAGAGUUCGCAUGAGAGUUUUUGAGAGUUUGAGAAGCGAGAGUUCGCAUGAGAGUUGAUGAGAGUUGAGAAGCGAGAGUUCGCAUGAGAGUUGAUGAGAGUUGAGAAGCGAGAGUUCGCAUGAGAGUUGAGAGUUUGCAUGAGAGUUGAGAGUUUUCAUGAGAGUUGAGAAGCGAGAGUUUGCAUGAAAGUUGAUGAGAGUUGAGAAACGAGAGUUUGCAUGACAGUUGAGAGGCGAAAGUUUGUAUGAGAUUUUUCUCAACUCUCAUACCCCAGUCAAACGAGAACAAGACUUGCAUGAGAGUUGGCUGGAUAUAUUAAAGGGUCAAAUGAGGAAAAGUUCUCAUCAAAGUUUGAACCAGCUGAAAGUUGAUGAGAGUCGGUGGUCAAUUAACGCGAGCGAGAAUUGCAGUUCUUAUCAACUCUCGUUUGAUCACACGGCUUAAAUCUUAUACCUGUUUUGUGCCAUGUCUUUCGCCGCUUCGGUCUGUCAUCUCAACAGAAGACUUCAGCAGUUAACUCCUUUCAACUAAACAAUGCAAAGACCUCUGCUUCACUUUUUUGAACACUUGAAUUCGGCGAUUUAAAAGCUGUCUCGCCCAACGCAAGACAACCACCUCGUGCGAAUAUUCCAAUACUGAAUAUUUUAAAUCCCAAGAGACAUUUUGUGGCAAACAAACAUCAACAACAUGAUUGGGUUAAUUAAGUGUUCGAAACCUAAAAUAUUUUUGGCGUUUGUCUCAAAAUUACUUUGUUUUACUCUAGCUUGAUUUUGUAGUUUACAUAGUUACUUAAUAGCUAUCUUUCUAAAUGUAUCUGGUGGUUGAGAAACACAAAAUAAUAGUUAAAUAUUGUCAAUUUACAUACAAUUAUCAUUGUCAUUGAUGUUUAUACUGUAUACACAAUAUAAUAAAUACAAUUAUCAUACUGCACUUCAGACAUCGUUUUCUCUUUGGCAUGCCAUCUAAAAUCUCUUCAUUUCAGUAUAAUUAUACAGAUAAAGUACUAAACAUACUUUUUAGGUUUGUUUGCCUAAUAAUUAUAAUCAAGUGGAAAGUAUAUUUCACUACAGUUCUGAGCGCGUCUUACGUAUCUAUUCUUAAAAUAAAUCAAAAUAUACUGAGUUCAGCGAACCAUUGGCAGGGCCCAAAAUAACGGGAGAUAGGUCUCCGGUCAAAAUGACCAGUCAACUUGAUUUUAGCUCGGUCAAAAAUCUGUUUUUAACCGGUCAUUGAUACGCUUGUACAUAACAGUGAGACAAACUAUUAAAAACUUGUUUCGAUACAUCAUAGUUUCAUGUUUUAAUUCAAGACGUCAGCAAUCACAUUGGAAGGCAUGGAAAUGUAGCCGGUCAAAAUGACCGGUGAGGUAAAAAAGUGACCGGUCAAGAGGCAUUUUUGGCCAGUACGUUGUCCGUUGACUGGCCGUUAUUUUGAGCCCUGAUUGGCAUUGCAGUGUAAAUCUCGCCUAUACGGCUAUGGUUUACACUAAGAAGGGUGAGCUGUAUUAAAGGCAGUUGAUGCGUCUUGCCGGAUUAUCUGUUUUUCAUUUUAAAUCUCUUUGUUAAUGUUCUUCGCUCUUCGUUAUAGGGACGGGCUGAAUCGCGUCAUUGAGCGGAAGAGAAACCAAAUUUCGCAACAGGAAAGUCGACUUGCUACCUUAACAAGCAAUGUCCAUGAAUUGAAUUCUGAAAAGGUUUGUUUCAUGUUAAGAGGGUCCUGAAGGGGGGGGGGGGGUCGUAUUCCCAUUUCCCAGCCCAAAUUUUGACUAAAUCCCAUUGUCCCAGAGCACAAAUCCCAUCAUUUCAGUGGCUGUCCUACUCAAAUCCCAUUCCCAUUUUCUAUCGUUUUGCUGAUGAAUCCCAGUCCCAGUGCAUGAAAUCCCAUUUUCCCACCCAAAAAUAAGCAAAUCCCAGUUCCCAUUUUACCCCUCCAGGACCCUCUGUUAACCUGUCGAGGUUCGAGUCUGCAUGUAGUACUUGGAAAAAUAAAAACAUUUCAUUGUUCAGACACAAACCACGGCAGCUUAUUGUAGAAUACUACCUACACUGAACCACCGCGUUUGAGAUAUCUUUUUCAGGUAGUUCAGACUCAAACCACGGCAAUUUAUUGUAGAAUACUACCUACAUUGGUUCCCUAAACUUGUUUUACACAUAUUAUUUUUGUGUAGUUACGUUUAAGUGGCGAGCUACAACGGAGAUCUCAUCUUGAGGAGCAGAAAGCUGAACUGACCGCCGUAAAUAUGGAACAUGAAAGGGAAGUAAAGGUACUUUGAAAUUAUGUCACAAUUAUUGAUUUCGAUACAUUGCACGUAUAUACACACACAAAAACGCACAAGUUGUAACAAACAUGCACCAGACAUGUUUCAAUGCUGUUUCAACAACUUGUUGACAACUUGCUACAAGAUUGUUCAUUCGGCAACUUGUUAUCGUGACAACCUUGUAGCCCUUGAUAACAUGACAACAUUGUUACAACUUAUUGUCAAGCUUGCUACAAGCCUGUUGCGAACAAUUGCGGACACAUCUUGUUGACAAGUUGUGAGAUUUUUACGUGUGUACUUCUCGGUACCUAUUUCAUUUCUUUCUCCUCCAGGAAGCGAAAAGGCAGUUGGAGCCAGUGAAGGUAUGAAGAUAAUGGAUGUUUCUAUAAAACUCUGCUCGAACAAGAGUUAAAGAGAGUUGAGAAGCGAGAGUUUGCAUUGACAGUUUUCUCUACUCUCAUGCCCUCGACGAGAUCAAACGCAACCCUCAUCAACUACUGCAUAUAUCAAGAUUUCCAUUCCGUGUGAACAGUGAACUUCCGUGUUUGUAAAUUUCGUAAUAUAUUUUAAAAUUUGUUUUAUUAGGGACGUUUAGUGGAACUCGAAAAAGAACACAAAUCUCUGUUUAAUGAACAGCAAGAACAUGUCGAACAAACAAACUCUAAGGUAAACAGAAAACAAAAAAAAAAUUGUAGUAAACAUUGCGAAAUUAUACAUUUUCAUGCAUACCAUCCCAUACCACUCCAUACCAUAUACCAUACCUACCAUAUCAAUUACAGGCCUUAAAAUAUCGGUCGGUCACGGACAUUGUCCGACCCAUUCGUGAAAUUGUCCGACGUAGAGAGGAAACCACCGGACAUUCUGUCCGACCUAAGUGAAACUGAGGUCUAUUGUUUGUCCGACCUGAGUGUAUUGGUGUCAGACCGAACUGUAGCUUUGUCCAACGUAAAUCAAAAUGUACCCUAAGCCAGGACUAGAGGCUUGUCUAUCCCAGGACUAGAGACGAAAAUCAGAGUACUAUUGUAUAAAAGGUGAACUGGAAAUGUUGUUUUAACGCAGUCGAAAACGGGCUUAAGUUAUCGAAGUCUUUUUUAAUACAGCUGCAUGUUCUGGAAAGCGAGUUAAUUUUGCCUUAGAAAUAAGUAUGACUUCACAACAUUUACCGUUCAGAAUUAAUACAUUGUGCUGAUUAGACUUUCCAAAGUCCUUUCCAGACCCUUCUAUGGCGCGCUUCGCUUCCUCUGUAGAAAGGACUUUUGUCACUUGCAGCGCGCCAAAUAUCACCGGUGGAAAAAUCCACCGGUGACGUCAUUGUUUACAUUGCCGAUUUGCCGAAGCGGUUUACAUUAUUAUUAUUGUAUUACAAUAUUAUAUUCUCAGGCUUUCUUGUUGAACAAAUGUGUACUAUUGAAGCAAAUAGAGUAAACAAUGUAAUUACAAUUUUGUAGAACACAAAAACCAUGUGAAAAUACACAAACAAGCAUUACAUUGAGUAGGCUAUAUUUAAAAGUACAGGGUGUCGAAAUAAACUUUAUUAAUACUGUCACGUACCGAAGAUGCAUCUAAUGAUUCUAAAAUUUCCUCACUAGUUUCGGGUUUAGUUUGGGUUUCUUGAUCUCGAUUACUGAUUAUUAAUACAAAAUCAUUUGUUGAGAAAACAACGCGUAUUUUUACCGGAUUUUGAACUCUGGCGACGUCUUCUCGUUGAUCACAAUCGCCGCCUCUCUGCUUCGCGGUUACAGCUAGUUGUCUGAUUCUUUUCAAUUAGAUUAACUUCUACUACUAAUAUUAAAUCGCUCGCGAACUGAAUCAACUUUCUAUAAUAAGUCUAAUAAAUUACUAUUCUUGUCGGCACAAUUACGGCACACAUUGUUAGACAAACAACUGUCCAGAUUCAAUAAGUUUUUACAUGCACUCGUUUUUGUUGAUACAUUGAACAGCUUUCGGCGCUUACUUGGGUCAGUUAUUUCGUUUCCACACUCGGUGCAAACUGUUUCAUUCGAGGACAAAGAAAUAUCAAUUCUUGGGAAUGUUUUUGUAGACCAAUUGACGGCGCGGUGAAGUAAUUGUAUGAAAUGUACACACCCCUUUUAUGUCAAAAUUAUUCGCGCCAAAAUUUUUAAUGUGAUUUAAAUUCCUGCAAGGGACACAAGUCGACCACUCGCGACUUCGUCGCUCGGGUCGCGUGUUCCCUCCCCCGCGCCCUCCCUCCCCCAUGGUCGACUUGUGGCAAGUCUAGCGCAGAUGCGACCUUUGGACAUGCCUUGUACGUAAUUAAAACUUUCGGUUUAAGUAACUGUAGUGUAGCCAGUGUUUAAUAUAACGUUUUAACAAUAAAAUAUUUCAUGUAUUUACGUUCAUUUGUUCUUUAAUUUGUUGUUUCUUUGACUAUUGAUAUAUAAUAAAACACUUAUUUACUGAGACCUCGGGAAAGCAGUGUGUUUUGUGGACCCUCGACCGUCGAUGUUUUUUUCUGCUUCGCCUCGGGAAACAUCGACGGUCUCGGGUACACAAAACACACUGUUUCCCUCGGUCUUAGUAAAUAAGUGAUAAUUAUUGUCAUUAGAAACAUAAGAAAGUGUCUGACUUAUGUAUUAAAAGCAGUUUCUAAGGAGUACAAUUUUCCAUGAAAUUAUUUAAUAAGUAAUAGCCAUUGGUAUCAUAGGGCAACAAUGGGGUUUCUAUAUAUGGCGGAUAUUUCGCUCGUAAUUUAACGUUAUGACAUGCUGUUGUAAUUACAAUGUGGUACUAUGAGAAAAAAUUACUCGAACCUUAAAUUUCAAUACACGGAAGGAGAUGAACAAAAAGUUAUGCCAGAAUUGCGGAGAAAUCCUUGAACGAAAAAGAGAUAAAUUUAACUCUUGCCGUUAUGAAUAAAAAAUUAAUGCUGUUCGCAGCUGUUCUAAUAAGUUAUAUAAAAUUUCUAAUAAGUGCAUGUAUAUAAAAUUUACAUAUUUUGUAAUAAAUUGUAUAUUUUAUAAAUUGUAUAUAAUUUUUACCCUUCAACUGUUAUUCAAUCUAAUGAAAUGCCAACAAAAUUCUGAUAUGUACCCAAAUUUAAUUCGUACCGUUACAUGUAAAAAAAUAAGCAGUAUAGUACUGCAGAAAUCUUCUACUUUUAAAAACAAUAUUGCACUCUCUUUUCUCGGAAUGGGCAAGGCUUGCACGGCGUGUUCGUGUUCCAAGAUAACGCAAAACUCGGCCCUCAGUUUUUAAUAGUAAAAUAUAGACCUCUCAUGUGCAUGGUUUGAAAAUUUUUGAACAAACAAUUUUGCACGAUUGCAGAGCUGCUAGAAGUUUCAAAAAUAUCCCUUAUACUGUACCUUUCUUUAUUUUUGUUCCUCUCUUCAGAAGACAAAAUCUAUACGUGGAUUUAAUUGA